GCCCGUCGGGCCCCGCGGGGGCGCGGGCCGGCCAGCCAUGGGGUCCCUGUUCCGGAGCGAGACCAUGUGCCUGGCGCAGCUCUUCUUGCAGUCCGGCACGGCCUACGAGUGCCUCAGCGCCCUGGGCGAGAAGGGCCUGGUCCAGUUCCGAGACCUGAACCAGAAUGUAAGUUCUUUCCAAAGAAAAUUUGUUGGUGAGGUGAAGAGGUGUGAAGAACUAGAGCGAAUAUUGGCAUAUUUGGUGCAGGAAAUUAAUAGAGCUGAUAUUCCCCUCCCUGAGGGAGAGACCAGUCCUCCUGCACCGCCUCUUAAACAAGUGCUCGAAAUGCAGGAGCAGUUGCAGAAGCUAGAGGCUGAGCUGAGGGAGGUCACGAAGAACAAGGAGAAGCUGAGGAGGAACCUCCUGGAGCUGACUGAGUACACCCACAUGCUGCGAGUGACCAAGACCUUCGUCAAGCGCAACCUGGAGUUUGAACCCACUUACGAAGAAUUCCCUCCCUUGGAGAACGAUUCUUUGUUGGACUACAGCUGUAUGCAGAGGCUGGGGGCAAAACUGGGAUUUGUGUCUGGCCUCAUUAACCAAGGGAAAGCCGAAGCAUUCGGGAAAACGCUGUGGCGAGCCUGCAGAGGGCACAGCAUCGUGACGCACGCAGAGCUGGAGGGGCCCCUGGAAGACCCUGAAACGGGAGAAGUCAUAAAAUGGUAUGUGUUUUUGAUAUCCUUUUGGGGAGAGCAGAUUGGCCACAAGGUUAAGAAGAUAUGUGAUUGUUACCACUGCCACGUUUACCCCUACCCGAAUACCGCCGAGGAGCGGAGAGAGAUUCAGGAGGGCCUGAACACCCGGAUUCAAGAUCUGUAUACUGUGCUUCACAAAACCGAGGAUUAUUUAAGGCAAGUGCUCUGUAAAGCCGCUGAGUCAGUCUACAGCCGCGUCAUCCAGGUGAAGAAGAUGAAAGCCAUUUACCAUAUGCUGAACAUGUGCAGCUUCGACGUGACCAACAAGUGCCUCAUUGCCGAGGUCUGGUGUCCCGAGGCCGAUCUGCAUGAGCUGCGCCUUGCUCUGGAGGAGGGCUCGAGAGAGAGCGGUGCUACGAUCCCCUCAUUCAUGAACACAAUCCCAACAAAAGAAACACCCCCGACUCUCAUCCGCACCAACAAAUUCACCGAGGGGUUUCAGAACAUCGUGGAUGCCUACGGGGUUGGGAGCUACCGAGAAGUGAACCCAGCUCUCUUUACCAUCAUCACUUUCCCCUUUUUAUUUGCCGUGAUGUUUGGAGACCUUGGACAUGGCUUUGUGAUGUUCUUAUUUGCCCUCCUUUUGGUGUUAAAUGAAGAUCAUCCCAGACUAAGUCAGUCACAAGAGAUCAUGCGGAUGGUUUUCAACGGUCGCUACAUCCUCCUGCUGAUGGGGCUCUUCUCGGUGUACACGGGCCUCGUCUACAACGACUGCUUUUCCAAGUCCGUCAGCCUCUUUGGCUCCGGCUGGAACGUGUCUGCCAUGUACAGCUCCAGUCACAGCCCAGCGGAGCAGAGAAAGAUGGUGCUCUGGAAUGACAGCGUCAUCAGGCACAGCAGGGUUUUGCAGUUGGAUCCCAGUGUUCCCGGAGUGUUCCGAGGCCCUUAUCCUCUUGGCAUCGAUCCCAUUUGGAACUUGGCCACAAAUCGUCUCACUUUUCUGAACUCUUUCAAAAUGAAAAUGUCUGUGAUUUUCGGAAUUAUUCACAUGACUUUUGGAGUCAUUCUGGGAAUAUUUAACCACUUACAUUUCAGGAAGAAGUUCAACAUUUAUCUGGUUUCCAUCCCAGAACUUCUCUUCAUGCUCUGCAUCUUUGGCUACCUUAUAUUUAUGAUUUUCUAUAAGUGGCUGGUUUAUUCAGCAGAAACCUCCAGAGUCGCUCCUAGCAUUCUGAUUGAAUUUAUUAACAUGUUUUUAUUCCCGGCCAGUGACACAGGUGGUCUUUACCCAGGGCAGGAACACGUCCAGAGGCUGCUUCUGGUCAUCACAGCGUUGUCUGUCCCUGUGCUCUUCUUGGGAAAACCACUCUUCUUGUUGUGGCUUCACCAUGGGCGCAGUUGCUUUGGGGUCAGCAGGAGUGGUUACACACUUGUAAGGAAAGAUAGCGAGGAAGAAGUUUCUUUGCUGGGAAGCCAAGACAUAGAAGAGGGAAACAACCAAAUGGAAGAUGGAUGUAGAGAAGUGACGUGUGAAGAGUUUAAUUUUGGAGAAAUACUAAUGACCCAAGUAAUUCAUUCCAUCGAGUACUGUCUGGGAUGCAUCUCCAACACCGCUUCGUACCUGAGGCUCUGGGCACUCAGUUUGGCUCACGCACAGUUAUCUGACGUGCUGUGGGCCAUGCUGAUGCGAGUCGGCCUCCGAGUAGACACGACCUACGGGGUCUUGCUCCUGCUCCCGGUCAUCGCUCUCUUUGCAGUUUUGACAAUUUUCAUCCUUUUGAUCAUGGAAGGGCUUUCUGCAUUUCUUCACGCCAUCCGCCUCCACUGGGUAGAAUUUCAGAACAAAUUCUACGUUGGUGCAGGCACCAAAUUUGUUCCUUUCUCACUCAGAUUACUUUCUUCGAAGUUUAACGACGACAUGGCAUGAUCAUAUUGCUGUAUCCAACAAGCUUUCAGAUUUAAGGAGAAUUAUCAUGUUGUAGAAUUUCCUUAUGUUAAAUUGACGAUAGGAAAAAUUCCAUCUUCAUUAACUGCCUUAUGAGAUAGCCAAAUGAUUCUGUAAGAUAUACCUCUUCCUCAUAUGUUAAAUAUUUUGUAAAGUUUCUCAAUUUCAGAUAUAGAAAUUUCUUUCAGUUUUUAUGAUGAGCAAAUAUAAGUUAAUGCCAAAAGUUAUGUUAAAGUUAUUUUUAAAAAUAUAGGCUUCGGGGAGAGAAGCCAGUUUUGAAUGGCUAAUUGACAAUGGUCUUAAAUACUUGAUUCCUUUUCAACUUAUUUAAAAAAAACUAGAGUUAUUCUGUCACCUGAAGUUGUCAGAUAAUAUUUUCCAACAGCUGAGGUUAAGUAGUUUUUAAAAAAAUUUAAUGAUGGUUAAUCAAAAGAUUCACAUUUAUUUUGCUUGGUUAAAAGUAUGCAAACUUUUUUUAUUGUAUACUAUCUAGAAUUACAAGUAGAAUUGUUUCUACGAUUUUGUCUUGUUUUAAUAAUUGGAGAAAAUGGGAUAAAAUAACAUACAACAAAUGGUUAUCCCACUUGUAUAUUUUUUUAAAGACUCUUAUCCUGUUAUCCUUACAUAAAACCAAUUAUGAUAAUUGUAUGUUUGGGAAGAUAAACUGUGUACUGAGCCUUAAAAUCCAGUGUGACUAUAGAAGAUGUAAUAUGGAUAUGAUUCGAACUUAGUGACCAGCUUGGCUGAUGUUCCUGAACCAAAAGGGAUUUAUACUGAGUGAAGGAAAGGUAAAAAGUAGUAUUUUGUAUAUUUUUAUAAUAAAAUAUAAAUUAAGAUAUUUUACCAUGAAGAGGUUGCAACUAUCCUUGAGAACAAUAUAAUUAUAAAGAUUCACUUUCAGACUAAUUCGAAAUAAAUGUCUAAUGAAGGCAUUUAGAGUUAAACUUUUAAAAACUAUUUAGAUCAGUUGAAAACCAAUUCUUACUAAGCCAUUAAUGUAUAAUCUUCAGAUUAAAUUCAUCUUUUCACUUGACAUUUGAGUCAGUCCUGUUGAACAUUUUGAUC